UACCUCAUCAGCUUCUACUAUCUCUUUUAUUUAAAGUUUCUGUCAUCGAAGCUAGAGCUGAAACCAGAAAGAAAACAAAAAAAUCAGACACGGAGUGAGAGAAGAAAGGGAAAAAAUCUAGAGAAGACUGAAUUCCUGUUUCUUAGGGACAAUUCUGAUCUUGUUUCUGUUACAGUUGGCAAAUCUUCUCGAUCUCCUAUCAUUUCUAAAAUCUCUCGUGUGCUUAAAGGAAUUCUUCAUUUCUAGAUGGUUGCUGCUUCGAUUCUGGAGAAACAGAUUAUCUGCAAAUGCUAAUGGUUUGUUACUCUAGUCCAAGAAUCGGUAGAAUGAAUUUGGGUCUUUUGAGGCUAUAAUGUAGUGGUUUUGAACUAAAGGGAGUGAAAGACGGGAUUUUUUCUGGUGGAUUUUGUUGUGUUUUGAGAGCUAGGGUUUAUAGAUGUUGAAUGAUUCGGUUUUGAGUUUGUUCAAUUUUUUUUGGGUGAAUAAAUAAUUCAUUACAAGGACAAAGAUUACAGCCCCUAGAGAGGGGAGGAGGAAGAAAACAGAACUAUCUCAGAGGGAAUUACUAUUCCUGAUGGUUGAGCUGGGGAGCUCCCAGUAGUUUACAAUUUUGAGAGCUAGAGUUUGUUCAAUUGAGAUUGCUUGUUAGUGAAAGUAUUUGUUUCGAAAUGAAGAGGAUUUGAAAUUGAGUGGAAUGUAUGAGUAUAUUUUUGGAAUGGAGUUCGGAGUUGUUGGUGCGAUUGUUGUUAAUGCGAUUUUGUAGUCUUAAGGAAUAAGAGUGAAAAGAGGAGUUUCCUGUAAUUCUUUUUCAAUGGGGAAUAAGUUGGGUAGGAGGCGGCAGGUGGUUGACGAGAAGUAUACGAAGCCGCAGGGGCUGUAUCAGCACAGAGAUGUUGAUCAUAAGAAGCUGAGGAAGCUCAUUCUUGACUCCAAGCUGGCUCCCUGUUACCCUGGGGAUGAAGAGUGCACAUCCGAUCUUGAAGAAUGCCCAAUCUGCUUUUUGUAUUACCCGAGUCUCAAUCGAUCGAGGUGCUGCAUGAAAGGCAUUUGUACAGAAUGUUUUCUGCAGAUGAAGCCUCCUCAUUCUACUCGUCCAACACAAUGUCCCUUUUGCAAGACCUCUAGUUAUGCUGUGGAGUAUCGUGGCAUGAGGUCAAAAGAAGAAAAGGGCAUGGAGCAAGUUGAAGAGCAGCGGGUUAUUGAAGCAAAAAUAAGGAAGCGGCGACAGGAGCUUCAGGAGGAAGAAGAGAGAAUGCAGAGAAGACAAGAGAUGGGUUCUUCUAGCAGGGUUAUGGCACAAGCAGACGUUGAAUGUCAGGGUGUAUCGGUGCAACCAUUUCUUUUUCCUGUGGAAGGUGAUGGGAUCAUGUCUCCUCAGGAUUCGUGCACUGUGCCUACAAUCAUGCAAUCUUCACGUCCCAGACACAAUGGGUAUAUGACUCACACUCUGUGGAUGACUGUUUUCUGUCAAUUUCUUAUUCGGUAACUUCAUUGAUUGGAUUUCUUAUGCUUAGAAAUGAUCGAGAUUCUAAUUAGAUCACUAGAAGUUUCAGAACUGCUGUAGGGUACAAAAAAUCUGUGGCCUGGUAGCUUUAAUUAAAAAAAAAAAAAAAAAAAAAAUUCAAAAACAAGAAACAAGAAAGCAAGUUAGUAGCAGCAAGAAUAACUAAUUGCCAUAUUUAAUAAUGAAGGCAUGGCUACAGCUGACAGCAUGUUUGCGUAAACCUCUCAAUAAUCCAACUCAAACCAAUACCUUAGUCAAAUAUAUCCUAAGUUGGAAGAACUGACAUUAAAAUUUUAAUGGUUAAGAACUCUUUGAGUUUAACCUUCCUCCAGUCCCCAUACCCCCACCAAAAAAAAAAAAAAAAAGAUAAACCAAUUACAAAUGAGUUUUCUGAUUCAACUGGAUAAGGUUGUUAAGAUAUCUAGAUUUACUAAAAUAAGUAGUGAGUUUUCUUCUUGUUCUUUGUAAAAUACUAUGAGUUGUAACUUGAGGGACAAUAUUAAUGGUGAAACUGGGGUUACUAUAAACAGUAAACCAGACAUUAUAGUUGUCAAGACGUCUAGGCGAUCUAAGGUGUUGGAGGGGGCUUAGACCUAAGGUGAAACCAACAAGGAGUCCAAGGCUCCUGCUUUGGCGAUGCCUUGACAACUAUGCUAGACACCCCAAUCACUUGGUCUGGUUUCUAUAAAAGAUUGGUUCGAUGAUGAACCAAACCCUGUCCUCUUCUAUCUACGAUCUGCACCAACUCUCCCAAGUUUAAAAACCACCCAACUUUGAGUUUUGCAAAGUCAAGGAAUGAGCUUCAUAUGAUGUACAUCUUGUUUUUACCCAUAAUAAAACUAUGGCAACUUUUGAACGUUAGGAAUGUAGUCUCCAAGUCAUGGAGCUUUCUUUUCGAAGAACUGUGGUAGAAUUACGAACUCGAUGUGCUCAACCUCAUGAACUAUAUCAGAUGUAAAUGGUAUGUCUGUGGAAUCUUCCGUAAUUGUAUCUAAGCCCUCUUCAUCGGUUUACAUACAUAGGAUAUUAAAGCCUUGAGUUCCCUCGCCAUCCUCAUAAUUAUCAUCAGUGGAAGAGGCUUACAAAACUCCAUAUUGGGAUCUACCUUAACUGCUACAACUAUAGAGUUAAAACUCUGCUUCAAUAACAACAAAUCUCAGCUUUAUAUGAACUAAAUGGGGCUGGCUACAUGGAUCCAUAAGAGCGUAAUAUAGUAAUAUAAGAAAAAGAAAGAGAUAUAGCAAAACCUCUGAAACAUUCCACAUAAUGGGGGUAUGCUACACAAAUCUUUGCCCUCCAAACAGCUCUAUUUGAGGUCAUACUAGAGUAAAGACCUAAACUAUGCAUGUUUUUCCUUAUUACUUCUAUAGUCUUAGGCCUGCCUCUAGUUCUUUUAGUUCCUUCCAUCUGAAUCUGAUUACUCUUUCUUACUGGUGCAUUCACGAGUCUCCAUUGAACAUGGCAUACCUCCUCAGACGGCUUUCGUAGAGCUUGUCCUGGAUCGGGGAAAUUCCCAAAUCAGCUUUAAUACAAUCAUUCCUUACUCUCUCUCCUAGUUUUGCCGCACAUCCAUCUCAACAUCCUCAUCUUUGUUACACCCAGUUUAUCCAACAUUUUGGUCCAUAUAUCAGAGCUGGUCGUACGAUUGUCUUGUAGAAUUUUCCUUUAAGCCUUUUAGGAAUGCAUUAGUCAGAACACUCUACAUGCACCUCUCCACUUGAUCCACCCUAUUAAGUUCGUCUUUUAUUCUUGACCCGUUUUGAAGAUUGACUAACUUUGACAUAUUUUGGUGGCGACCCAAAUGGAAAGCUUCCCGUUAUGGUUCGAUCGGAUUGACCGUGACCCGAUGGGUCGACCCACGACUUGGUGUAUAUAAUUUACUGUUGUCUUGUUGAGAAAGUCAUUGUUAUUUUGGAGUCUUUUGGAGCUAGGGUUUCAGAGCGAGUUUUCUGGCCGCUGCUUGGGUGUAAUCUCUCUUUUGCAUAGUGAAACAUCUUCUUCUUCGCCUAAGGACAUAUCACACUACACCGGUGUGUAAACCUCGUUAAAUCUCUGUGUUGUGCGAAUCUGUUGGCUGUUUAUUUUCGUAUUUCUUGGUGUUUGCUCUAACACACCCUACUUUAAUUCUCUGGGAAACAUCAUUCUCUUUAUCAUCCUUCUGUUAAAAUUCUGCUUCAUGGGGAAAAAUUUAGCAACUUGCUCAUACUCAUUGCAAUAGAAGCAUUUUGUGUUGCUGCUACUAGCCAUUGAUGCCUUACCCAUGGUACAUGUAACUAUAGAGGUAUUUGAAGGUUGACCUGUGAGUUUAGUUUAUGGCUUCUCCGGGCAAGAAGGAUGUUGACUCGAGUUAUCACCCUUACAAAUUGUGUUUGAGAAGCUUCUCUGAUAAGACUUAUUUAGAUUUUCUAUUUGAUACCUAACCUGUUUGGCGUCAUCCAUCCUAGGCAGUCUAACAUGCCAAUCCAGUAUUGAUUUGAGGGUGUAAACCGUUUUGAAAUUGUGCCAAUAAUACCUCUUCGUUCCAGUCAAAGUCAGACCUAGUGGUUAAGUAGUAGAACUUCACCACCUUGUUGCUGGUUUGAGAACUGAAGGUGCAUACACUGCUUGUAGUUGCCAGGCAAAAAUCUUUGGUUCAUGGUCUCCUUUAGUUUCAGCCCAAGUGUUGGCCAACCUAAUACCUUGAGCUUGAUUCUGGUCAUCAUAUUUAAUCCACCAGACUUGAGUUGUACACUUCAGCUUGGCUUCAACAAAUAAAAGCUUCCUGGCCUCAGUCAGACUAUACCAUCGGAAGAAUAUGCGUCAAGAUAUUGUCUGGAUUGUAUCCCCAUAGAAAUAAAAAAAUCCAACUAGGCCCUUUUUGGCUCCAUAGGGAUGAUCGUCAAGAGUUUGAUCAGCUUCAUAUGGUGGUGUGUGGGGCCCUAUGGAAUAGAAUUGGAAGAAUCCCUGGAUUAAAUUGGGCUCUUUCCUUAAUUGAAAGGUGUUGGCCUAUCAAUGGAGGUAUGACUUGAUAAAUAACCUCACUAUGACCACUAUGGAUAAGGUAUAGACAAUGAUUUUCAGCUCAGAUACCAAUUAAUGCAACCGAGGGUUACAAAACCUUUCUUUUUGGUCUCUAUGGGCCCACAACGAAUGAUAGAAACUCAAAUUAUAUGGCUAGUGGCAGUUUCAUAUUUUAUGGUAAGAAUAAGAUCAGGAUCCAUUUGGGUAAAGCACAGGACUGAAUCGUAUUUAAAAUUGAAGGAAAAAGUGUGAUCUGAUAAUUAGAAUAAGCUAGGAUUAAAACAGAAAUAACUUUAACAAAUAAGGGCUAUUUGGUAAAUCAGGAAGAAGAAGCCCUUAACCAUAAAUGACAACCUAAGGUUGUCUUCAGCCUCCGCAUCAAACACAACCAACGGUAAUAAUGCAAUCCUGGGUUCAAAAAGCGGUUUGGGAUCACUAUGGGCCCACCCAAGUGCCUAAGCAGGUCAAUGUGUAAUGGUAGUUGGAAUCUGGUAAUUAACCAGAUUUCUCAAGUUGUUACUUGGUAGGUGAAAGAGGAAAGGACAUAAAGGAGUUUAGGAAUUAUUGAACAUGGGUAAAAUUGGAACAAAAUAAAAUAAAUGGACAAGAAUUGAUUAAGAAAGUAGGGGAAGGUAAUAUUGGAAAUCAACUUCAAAACAUAUUAUAGUGGAAGGGGGGGUUGUCUCCUACCUCCAGACGCAAACAGAGAGGCGAAACAGCAGCUACCUUUGAAAGGGAGAACUCCUUCAUGUGUUCUCUGCUGGUUCCAAGAUUUUGAAGGCAGAUCGAUGUGAGGAAGACCUCUUGAUUGCACUCCAACAAAAAUCCAAACGAACUGAAACUAGGCUGGCGGUAGUGGCGGAAACAAGCCUAUAAUCAAUUCGAGAUUUGAAAUUCCAGCAAGAUAUGUAGCUGGGGUUUUGCAGGGAUGGUCGCCCAAAGGUAAGAAAACUCAUGCCAAAAGUAUGAGGGGAGAAGAAGAUCAAAUCAGUUAUGCGGUUAUUGGUGCUAUUGCUGGAACAGGAACAGAAAA